ACACACUGUUUUUGUAGUUUUCUCUGUCUCUUUCUUUUUCUCUUUUUUUUUCUCAGUUAUUUAUUUCUUUUAUCGUAAUUUGUAUUACUUAAUCCGUGCAUUACAUAAAUUACUGUCAUUCACGAAUAAACUCCUGGAAAUAUUGAAUAAGUUUCUUGAUGACAUAUCAUAUUCUACGGAAAAUAGUGCCAAUAAUCAAUUCUAUCAUGAAGUUUUAAAAUGGACAUGCACCCUUGGUAGUUUAAAGUGCAAUGAACAUGUUAAUGGAAUAUUAAACUGGCAUUUUAAACAUCCUACACAAAACAAACUGUUGUCAAGUUGGCAGAAGUGGAUAUAUUGCCAAAGACUAAUGUUAGACACUGUCACUUAUGAAACAUCUGCUGUGUGGGAAGAUAUAGUCAAGAUAUACCAGACACAAAAGAAACUAGAACAACUUUUCGAAUUCUUACCUUGCUCUAACCAGUAUAAGAAUUUGUCCGCCUUUCUCUCGUUUCUUUAUCAUAAUUCUUUACUAAUACGUAGAAGUAGUUUAAAUGCAGACAUUGGUGAUUUUUACGAAGAAAUUGUACGUGAAAAGAAAAGUGUUACUGUUACUUUACUAUUUAAUAUUUUUGCUAUGCAUUCAAAAAAUAUGUCAGCGCUUGAUGUUAUACUAAUCGGACUAGAAAAUGGAAUAGGAAGAGACGUGAACAUACUAGCAAUAUUAAAUUGUAUUAUAAACAACGUAUAUUCAGCCGACAGUUUGACAAGAAUUGCUAACAAAAUAUUCUUAAAGAAAUUGCUGCAUAUGCAUCACAUGGUAAAUGAAUCAUUUGUUCUCGAUGCUAUUAACAAAAAAGUUGAAAUUCGACGUAUGUUUCUGGUUGAAAUGGAAACUACGCUUUAUUGUGAGCCUCAGUAUAUUUUUAAUUACAAACGCUACGUAGUGUCGACCGCUGCCUGUGAAUAAGUUUUCUUUUUAUAAUAGACUACUGUUAGUAUUUCUUUGUAACCAAAAUCUUUUAGAUGAAAAAUUCUACUGAUGUGUCGUGUCCAAAGCUUGUGUGCUUUUUUUAUUUAAGUAAGAUUCAUUUUAUGAUAACAAAAUCGACUUAUUAAUUAUAGCUAAAAUCGAAAAGAUACGUUUCGGAUUUUAAUAUUUAAUAGUUGGUACAGUGUUAUCUAUAAAAUAAAUUUAUUUCUUCAAUAAAAUAGAUUAUUUCUAUUACGCGCCGAUUUCUACAUAUGUGUAUAGUUAAGUAUUGCACACAGAAAUACAAAUAUAUCAAUCUCACGUUACAUAAAUUCAAAGUACUUAGAUAUAAAAAUUUAUAUAAUGUAAGAGAAAAGUUGAUAUCAUACAAUUUCAUACAUUCAGUGUUAUUUGAGAAUAUAACAAUUACUAAGUCACCAGUAUUUCCAAAAUGUUAGUGAUA